UCCCGUGUCAGUGGCAGCGUCAUAAUCUGAACAGGAGAAUUACGCUACUGAAAACACAGAUUAGUAUUUUUAUAUAUAAACUGUUUAUUUCUAACGUGUAAGGAUGUUCAACAGCCUUAUCAGGGACUUUGAAGAUGACCCCUUCUUUUCUGAUCCUCUCCGUAUGCACAACGAACGCAUGCGGCACAUGAUGAGAGGUUUCUCGAAUCCCUUCAACCACGGCUUCAUGCCCAGUAUCACAGACGGCCGGGACAGAGCGCAUAGGGGAGAAGGUCAGUCCCGCACAGGUGUUGCCCCGCGCAACGAGCACAGAGAAAUGGAUUUCUUCAGAAACCCUUUUGCCAUGAUGGACAAUAUGGACAACAUGAUGGGAGGCAUGAGGACCAGAAUGGAUGAUCUGCACAGACACUUUGGGAACGUGCCGUCUGACUCCAACGCGCACGCAUUCAGCUCUUCCUCCGUCAUGACUUACUCUAAAGUGGGAGACGAGCCAGCCAAAGUGUUCCAGGCCUCGAGCCAGACACGCUGCGUCCCCGGAGGGAUUAAGGAAACAAGACGGACUCUGAGAGACACAGAGAGUGGGGAAGAAAAGAUGUCCAUAGGUCACCACAUCAAUGACAGGGGACACGUUAUUGAGAAGAAACAUAACAAAAAGACAGGAGAAAAAGAGCUCAACCAGGACUUUCAGAACAUGGAUGAAACUGAAGCCCAGGCCUUCGAUGAUGAGUGGCAGCAGAAGGUGUCUGAAUUUCAGCCUGCUGCACGGCUGUCCCGCCUGGAAGCCCCAAGAGCCAGAGAGGUUCAUCGAGCAGCCAUCACCGGCCCUGAGCACACACACAGGGGGAAGAAAGCUAAACCAGCAGAAGGUGAGAGGAAAACGCACAUUUCUGAGCUCAACUUCCAAGGCUCCAGCAUGAAGAAGUAAUAUGAGGUUUACAAACUGAAAUAACACCCUCUGGCUUGCAACAUCUGCCUGAUGUUUUUCACGCCAGUGCUUUUGUUCUUCUGUGUUCCCGUGCUUUUUUUUUCCUUCUGUUUUCUUUUUCUCAUCAAGAUUUGUUAGUCAUUUUUUUACUGCUUUAUUUUAUUCUUUCUGUUAAAAAAAAGUUCCAGAAAGGAUACAAGCUGUGUGCAACCUUUCACCUGUAAAGUUGAUUCUUAAUAGCUAGUGUAACCAAAUAUCAUGAAAUAAAAUAUUUGACGAAACACUAUUUCAUCUUUUGACAAUGAAAGCUUUGGUUGGAUUUUACCUAUUUUAUGUAUUUUUAAAUGUGUAAUUUAAUGAAAAUGAGCACAAAAAUUUUUAGAGAUGUUCUAAAAUGCACUUAUGAACAUGUACCUGUGUGGAUUAUGGCCAUCCAUUUUGGAAAAAAGUAUUACUGUUUGUGCCCACUUGUAAAGAACUACAACUGAAAACCCUUUUUAUACAAUUAUUUUUCAUAAUCGUAUGUUCAGGUUGUUUGUUUUGUGUUGGAUUGUUUCUGCUGUUCCUGGUUUGUUUGUUUGUUUGU